UCCAAUCCUCUCCAAAGCCGGGUGCAUUAAAGCGCGAGGAUUUUCCGAGCGGAUUUCCCUGCCCGCCGCUUUGCUGCCAUCUCUAAUUCCAUCGGGCGCCCAGUGGCUGGGCAGACGGGGCGCCAAGCCCCCCUUCCCCCCGGCACUGGCCCGGGGACACAGGCGCGCCAGGGGGAGCUCCCGGAGAUGCCGGGCAGAGACACCCUCGAGUGCCAGCCAGGAUCCCAAGGGAAGCAGGCGGCGGCGGCAUCGACGAGGGACCCCGGGAUCAGGCCAUAAGCAUCGCCAGAUCCCUACAAGACGCACCAUGAACUUUGCCAACCUCCCACUGCUCUGCUUGUGGUCCCUCUGGGCCUUGGGGCAUGGCCCAGGUUGGGUAUGUGGCCAAGCAGCUACCCAACCACACUCCAUCAAGAUAGAAGGGGACAUCACUCUAGGAGGGCUGUUCCCAGUCCACUCCCGUGGCCCAGCUGGAGUGCCAUGUGGAGACGUGAAGAAGGAGAAGGGAAUCCACCGGAUGGAGGCCAUGCUUUAUGCUCUGGACCAGAUUAACAGUGACCCAGACUUGCUUCCCAACAUGACACUGGGGGCCCGCAUCAUGGACACCUGCUCUCGUGACACCUACGCCUUGGAGCAGUCACUGACUUUUGUCCAGGCCCUGAUCCAGAAGGAUACAUCCGACGUGCGCUGCUCUAAUGGCGAGCCACCCAUCAUCGCCAAGCCUGAACGCGUGGUGGCCGUCAUUGGGGCCUCUGCCAGCUCCGUCUCCAUCAUGGUAGCAAAUGUGCUCCGCCUCUUUGCCAUCCCCCAGAUUAGCUAUGCCUCCACUGCACCUGAGCUCAGCGACAGCAACCGCUAUGAUUAUUUCUCCCGCGUGGUGCCUCCGGACUCCUACCAGGCCCAAGCCAUGGUGGACAUUGUCAAGGCGCUAGGCUGGAACUACGUCUCCACGCUGGCCUCCGAGGGCAACUAUGGCGAGAGCGGCGUCGAUGCCUUUGUGCAAAUCUCCCGCGAGGCUGGUGGAGUCUGUAUUGCCCAGUCCAUCAAGAUUCCACGAGAACCCAAACCAGGCGAGUUUGACAAACUCAUCAAGCGGCUAAUGGAGACCCCCAAUGCCCGUGGCAUCAUCAUCUUUGCUAAUGAGGAUGACAUCAAGCGAGUGCUGGAGGCUUCGCGUCGUGCCAACCUGACCGGGCAGUUCCUAUGGGUGGGUUCUGACAGUUGGGGCUCCAAGAUCUCCCCCAUUCUGAAGCUGGAGGAUGUGGCUGAAGGCGCCGUUACCAUCUUACCCAAACGAGCCUCUGUUGAAGGUUUUGACCAGUACUUCACCUCCCGCUCCCUGGAGAACAAUCGUCGCAACAUCUGGUUUGCCGAGUACUGGGAAGAGGACUUCAAAUGCAAACUGACCCGUCCAGGAUUGCAGCCUGAUGAAGGGGCACGGAAAUGCACAGGGGAUGAGCGGAUUGGACGAGACUCAACAUAUGAGCAGGAGGGGAAGGUACAGUUCGUCAUUGAUGCUGUAUAUGCCAUGGCCCACGCCUUGCACAACAUGCACAUAGACCUCUGCCCAGGCCAUACUGGGGUGUGCGACAAGAUGGAUCCCAUUCACGGACGCACCCUGCUGCACUACAUCCUGGCUGUCAACUUCAAUGGCAGUGCUGGGACACCAGUGAUGUUCAACGAGAAUGGGGAUGCUCCUGGCCGCUAUGACAUUUUCCAGUACCAGCUGACAAACACUACAGCCCCUGGAUACAGGGCCAUUGGGCAGUGGACAGAGUAUCUCCGCCUGAACAUAGAGGAUAUGCAGUGGUCAGGCGGUCAGAAGGAAAUCCCUUCUUCAGUGUGCAGCCUUCCCUGCAAUCCAGGCGAGAGGAAAAAGAUGGUGAAGGGGGUGCCUUGCUGCUGGCACUGUGAACUGUGUGAUGGCUACCAGUACCAACUGGACGAGUUCACCUGUGAAAUGUGCCCCUUCGACAUGCGGCCCAACCUCAACCGCUCGGCCUGCCGCCCAACCCCCAUCGUCAAGCUUGAGUGGAGCUCCCCCUGGGCAGUGCUGCCCAUUUUCUUGGCCAUUCUGGGCAUCCUUGGCACUGUCUUCAUCGUCAUCACUUUCAUCCGAUUCAAUGACACACCCAUCGUCCGGGCCUCCGGUCGCGAGCUGAGCUACGUCCUGCUAACUGGGAUUUUCCUCAUCUAUUCCAUCACUUUCCUGAUGAUCGCUGAGCCCGGUGUCGGCGUCUGCGCUUUCCGACGCCUCUUCCUGGGCUUGGGCAUGGCUAUCAGCUAUUCAGCUCUGCUCACCAAAACCAACCGCAUCUACCGUAUCUUUGAGCAAGGCAAGAAGUCAGUGACCCCACCCAAAUUCAUCAGCCCCACCUCCCAGCUGGUCAUCACUUUCAGCCUCAUGUCAGUGCAAAUUGUGGCCGUGGUCAUCUGGCUGGGGGUCCAGCCCCCCCACAGCAUCAUUGACUACGAAGAGCAGCGUACACCCAACCCUGAGUUUGCUCAGGGGGUACUCAAAUGUGAUAUGUCGGACCUGUCCAUCAUCUCCUGCCUCAGCUACAGUAUCAUCUUGAUGGUCACUUGCACUGUCUAUGCCAUCAAGGCCCGUGGCGUGCCUGAGAACUUCAAUGAGGCCAAGCCCAUCGGCUUCACCAUGUACACGACCUGCAUAGUCUGGCUGGCCUUUGUCCCGAUCUUCUUUGGCACUGCACAGUCCGCUGAGAAGAUCUACAUUCAGACGACGACAUUGACCAUUUCCAUGAGCCUGAGCGCCUCAGUGUCCCUCGGGAUGCUCUACGUCCCCAAGGUCUAUGUCAUCGUCUUCCACCCGGAGCAGAAUGUGCAGAAGCGCAAGCGCAGUUUCAAGGCAGCAGCCACAGCGGUCAACGCCUCCACGAGGCUCUCGCAGAAAGGCGCCCAGAACGGCGAGAGCAAAGAUGAGAAGCCGGACAGCCUUCCUAAGGUGAUGUACAUCAGCUACACAGAACUGACAAUGGUGCCCACAUGACUGAAGAGGAGGAAGGGCACAACCAUGGGGUGG